UUGAAAGGAAACCUGGAUACCGUAAAGAUUCUGGUGGAUGGAGGUGCGUUGUUGAGCCGAACCACGAGAGACGGUCGAACUGCAUUGUAUCUAGCAGUACAAGAAGGUCACAUCCAGCUGUCAAAAUACCUGACAGAUGCGUACCCAGGGGCCAUAACACAGGCCACUAAAUCGGGGAGAUUACCUACGCAAGCGGCAGCUGCUUUGGAAGAUACGACGUCAGCUUAUAUAAUAACGAGAUAUUUAUUAUCCCACACUUCUGAUGAGACAAAGGUGCUGGCCCACCGUGACAACUCGGGCCGAAAUAUUUUGCUGGAUGCAGCGGUGGCACAGAACAUUCAACUGCUCCAGUUUUUAUUGGAUACUGCUGGAGCGGAUCCAAAUGAUUCGGAUUCACUUGGUCGCAACAUGAUUCAUCACGCUGCCAUGAUGGGACACUCCCACCUAUUACAAUUGUUGAGUGGGUUCAAGGUCGAUUGGAACUCACCUGAUGCCUGGGAUGCUUGGACUCCUCUGAUGCAUGCUGCCAGACAAGGCCAUUUACACGUCGUAAAGUAUCUAGUAGAUGUCAUUCAUGUGAGUGUCGAUUGCAAAGACAAGCAAGGAAGAACUGCUUUGGAUAUAGGUAUUUGUUUAUAA